AGGAUUCACUUUAAGGCUUAAAAAUAAUCUGCUUUGCUUUAAUUUGCAUUGGCCAUUUCAGCAGUAAUUUUCUUUAUUUUUUGGGGAAGGACCUAGGAAGUACUGGAUCAUUUUGUUCUUUUGCUGAAACUACAUCUUAGGAUCUUCCUCACUUCUUUGAUGACUAAUUUUAUAUUAAGUGGUUUCCUUAGGUUGCUGGUAACUCAACCUUGUACGGGUGCUGUGUCUUAGUUGAAGAAAUACUACAAAGACCAUCCGGGUUGCUUUCUAUGAUUUCAAAUAAACAACCUACCUGCCCAUCUUUGAGCCGUCAUAUUCUGACCACUCGCAGAUGUUAUUGCAUUCUUUCGAGGCUUCCAUUUUUUGAACUGCACUUUGGUAUAUUAAAUAGCAUUUUCACGGAAGAAAGAUUGGACCGGUUGAUGAAAGGCAUUGGUGAUUUAGAUUUAGAAACCUUUGAGGGUUACAUCAACGAAGAGCAUUCGGAUGCUUCAUCACGGGACCAUGGAGAUUCAGGGGACACAAUAACUGGAACUGCAGAAAGAAGUUUAGAAGACUCUACAACUCAAAGAGUAAUCAAUGAUGGGAGUAAUAUAGAGGAUCAAAAGUUUGAAGCAGAGUUUCAUUUGUCGAAAAAGGGUUGUAAAGAUAGGGCUGUUGCUCCUAUUGAUCAUGAACCUGAGAUGGUUGCAGCCAGAAGAGAAUCCUCUGGCACAAACCUUGAAGAUGAUAUUGACGAUUUUUCAACAAACAAGCAAGGGAUAGAAAGACGUCUACCAAAUGCUGUUCUGCCACUCUUGCGCUAUUAUCAGUAUGAAAGCUCUGAAUCUUGCUCUAGGUAUGCAACUGAAAUUCUUUGAUCUCUUUUAUAUAGUUUUGAUAUCUUCCAUAAAUGGAAUCUUCUCUUUGGUUAAUAAGCUUCAUUAUCAAGGCAGUAUCAUGCUCAGUGUAAUAGCCACAAAUGUAGAAACGAUAUGUACAAAGGUGCAUUUCUCAUGACCUAUUCUCUCUGAAGGUUGAUUAUAUGAUAUUCUUUUGGUGAAUGGGAGAUAUUUAAAGGCCUUUUUGUGAGUUGUCAGUUUCUUUUAUUGCAAACAUUGGUUGAUGAGUUUGUUUUGGCCUGUAUUUGUGCCUGUAUCAUUUUUGCGUCCAUUCUUUACUACAUUAUUAAUGCAUCAUUAGUGCACAGUUGAAUUUAUUACAUAACCUACAUAUUCUGUAAAGAAUCAUUUUUUUUUUUGAAAGAACUGUAAAGAAUCAUUACUUGAGAGAAACUAGUAGUAAAGGCAAUAUUUAAAGGGACUAGGUUAUGCAGAGUACUCGGAUGAAAAAUUUGUUUGAAAGCAGGUUGAAUUGUUAAUAAUUAAAAUAUGUGUUGACACUUGGAAACAGAAAACGACAGUUGCUGGAAUAUUUUUAACCUGAUAUUGGAACUAAGCCCUCCAAAUGGUACCCCUUGGGGGAAGAGUUGAUGUAGGAUCCUGUUAUCAAAAAC